AAACAUGUGAUCUUUUUUUUAUAAAAUUGAACAAUUUAAAUUUCGUGAUUCCAAUCAAUCAAUUGUGGAGAGACAAAAGUAUCAACUAUAUAUGGAAAAUUCACUGACCACAGAAUCAUCCAUAUCAUCGAAUGAUGUAACGAAAAAAGAAGACAACAAAUUUUGGGAAACAUUAUUCCUUGGUUCAAUUGCUGCCGUCGGUUUAUUGUUUGGUUUUUCCAACGGUAUUUCUUUGGCCAAAAAAAAUGAUGAAACAGCGUUCAAUAAGGGUUUAAUGAUGUUACCCGAUCGACCAAAUCAACCGGGAACACCGAAACCACCACCAAUGGAAAGUGGUGUACGUUUGGCAACACGUGCACUUGGUCUUGGUUCAUUGUAUGCAUUUGGAGGCGUCGGUAUAUUAUCCGCUUUGAUAUGGUUUGGUAUUGGUGCAAAAAAUCUUAAAGAUUUUCGACAAAAAGUUGGUGAAAAAUUGCCACGAAUUCCUCGUAAUGAUCCACCACAAGGUAGAACUGAAUUCGAAUCAUUUCGUGAUUUGUUUACAUAUCUGGCCGAAGAAUCGGAAAAAGAGAAAAAAUUAAAAGAAAAUGAAAAAAAUGAUACAAGAUGAUAAUAUGAUAUAAAUGUUAUUAUUGUUUAUUAUUUAAUGUAAAAAAACAUCAUGAAUUCUUUUUCACGUCUCACUCAAAAACUGUAAAUUAGUGAAUAAAUUUCAUUUUGAAGUGUUUGAUAA